CAACUCUUCUCUCUCUCUCUCUCUCUCUCUCUAUACCAACCUUUCUUCUUAUUUCUACCUAAAACAUUUCAUUUCAUUUCAACAACAAAAACAAUAACAAUGUCUCCACAAUAUCUUCUUCUACUUUUCCCUGACUAUGUUUUUUUUCAACCACUUACUCUAAGUUUUCAAACUGCUUUUUUCUGUUUUCUUUCUGCUCUUGGUUUCUUAUUCUGGCUUACACCCGGCGGGCUUGCCUGGGCUUUUGUUCAGGCUUCGAGUUCUGCCCGGUCCGUUAUUCCAGGCCCGUCAUUUUCUGGUUUGUCCUGUAUUUUAUCUGGCCAAACUCCGCACCGAGUUUUGGCUAAACUCGCUCGGAGCUACCAUGCCGAGUCGUUGAUGGCUUUUUCUAUUGGUUUAACUCGGUUUAUUAUUUCUAGCGAACCUGAAACUGCAAAAGAAAUUCUGGGUAGUUCUGCUUUUGCUGAUAGGCCAGUGAAGGAAUCAGCUUACGAGCUAUUGUUUCACAGGGCAAUGGGGUUUGCACCGUACGGUGAGUAUUGGAGGAAUCUGAGGAGAAUUUCUGCGACUCAUUUGUUUUCUCCUAGAAGGAUUUAUGGGUUUGAAGGUUUUAGGCGUGAGGUUGGGUCGAAAAUGGUGGAAAGGAUUAAUUUUUUGAUGGGUGAAAUGGGUUGUGUUGAGGUUAAAAAAGUUCUUCAUUUUGGGUCACUUAACAAUGUGAUGAUGACUGUGUUUGGAAAAAGUUAUGAUUUUUUUGAUGGUGAUGGUGUUGAGCUUGAGGAAAUGGUGAGUGAAGGAUAUGAGUUGUUGGGUGUUUUUAACUGGAGUGACCAUUUUCCUCUUUUGGGUUGGAUGGAUUUCCAGGGUGUGAGGAAAAGAUGCAGAGAUUUGGUUUUGAAAGUUAAUGUUUUUGUUGGUAAGAUUAUAGAUGAACAUAAGAUGAAGAGGUUGUCUGAUGGAAAAACAACAGUGGGUGAUUUCGUUGAUGUUUUGCUUGAUUUAGAGGAAAAUGACAAGCUGAACGAUUCUGAUAUGAUUGCAGUUCUUUGGGAAAUGAUUUUCAGAGGAACAGACACUGUUGCAAUUUUAUUGGAGUGGAUUUUGGCAAGGAUGGUUCUUCAUCCCGAGAUACAAGCGAAAGCACAAGAAGAAAUUGACCGUGUUGUUGGAAAUUCCAAGACUAUUACAGAUGAAGAUGUUCAAAAAAUGAGUUACUUGCAUUGCAUUGUGAAGGAAGCAUUAAGGGUUCAUCCACCAGGUCCACUUCUAUCAUGGGCACGUUUAGCUGUUCACGAUGUUAUGGUAGGUGACAAGCAUGUUCCUAAAGGCACAACUGCCAUGGUAAACAUGUGGGCCAUAACACAUGAUGAAAAGGUUUGGGAUGAGCCAGAGGAGUUUAAACCAGAGAGGUUUAUGAAUGAAGAUGUUAGUAUAAUGGGUUCUGAUUUAAGGUUGGCUCCAUUUGGUGCUGGUAGAAGGGUUUGUCCUGGAAAAGCAAUGGGUUUAGCUUCUGUUCAUCUUUGGCUUGCUCAGUUACUUCAAAGCUUUGAAUGGGUUAAAUCUGAUGAUUCUCUUGUUGAUUUGGAUGAAUGUCUUAAGCUUUCUAUGGAGAUGAAAACACCACUUGUGUGCAAGGUUGUGUCUAGGGCUAAAGCCAUUGUUUGACACUUGAAAAGUUAGUCAUGGUUCUUGUGAGGUUUUGUUUCUUUGUUAUGUUUUUUGCUUUGUUUUUUGAUCUAGUUCUUUUGCUAUGUUUAGUUAAAGAAUUCUAGGUAUGGUUUGGUUAUCAUUUUGCUUCUAUUUUAAUUUUAAUUCUAGGUGUAAUUUAUGUUUAGUGGACCGUUGGGGUUGGAAGUUAAUAGUGUUGGAACUUUUGUUUGCUUUAAUCCGUUGCUAAUAAAGUUUUGGUCCAUUUUAUGUCUUC